AAUAGUGCAAAUUAUCACAAAAAAAUUACCUACACUUAUGUAGUGUCUAAUUCACACCUGUUCUAUAUUUUUGUACUCAUCACUGUUAAACAGUGCAUUUGUAAAAUCAAUGUUAAUUGAGUAAAAUGAUGAGACAUUUUCAAGUUUGAGUACUAACAAAGGAGUAUGCAUGGCAUGAUAUAAAAGUAGAAUAAUGCAUGGCUAUUAUAGUAUAAACAAUUAAUACUAGAGAUAUACAUGUACAAGACAUGGAGAGGUUUGGCUGCCAAUGUUCAGGUAAAAUAUCAGAAUACUGCUCUAGAAUGUUGUCCAAUUAAUGUUUUUCUCAUGAUCAGGCUUUAUCAUCUAUAUUCUGGUCUCUUUUUUGAGAGACGUAAAAAGCCAAGAAAUUUGUACAAAUGGUACCCUAGGAAAUUUUCCGGAAGCCAAGCAUACCGAUUUUCUGUACGGAGGUCUAUUUGUGGAUAUCUACAAUAGAGUUCCUUGUGACAGCAAUGUGUUAGGUUGGCAAGUUUGUUUCUUUCCGCCGAGCGAUCAUAGAGAGGCAUACGCUGUACAACUGAGUGUUUUCAAGCAUGACGCCCCAAUCAACGGUAUACUGUAUUUGCAAAGACCGGAGAGUGUUUACAAUGCAUCAUUUAGUGGUGCUUCACUAAUUAAUGGCGAUGGUGGCAUGGAUAAUUGCAGAACGAUCAAUCUUCCUGAGAAUGAACAAUUUGUGGUCAACCAAAACGAAUUCAUUGGUGUAUACAUUGAAGAAGUAGCAGACUUCACUGGUUUUAGAAAUGGCUAUAUUUUGGACAUUAUAGGAAACACCACAAAUGGAACCGAAUCAAUAGCAUGGAGAUGCCCUCGCCAGGACAAUACAAUUAUCUACGCCCUGGAUGCCUACUCAAGCUGCUUUGGACGUCUGAAUAAUCACUUGAUACAAGUUCGCUUGCUAAUGUCCAAUGGCAAUGGAAAUAUGUUCGGUACUAACAUACCUGGGAAUGAUUCUAAUACACUAGGACAGCCAACAACAGUUCCUACUAUUACACAAACAGAAGUGGCAGACACUUCAAGUACACAACCAGUAAUAGCUCCUUCUCAAUUCAUGAAUGCUACAGACACACAACAGAGAGCUGACGUAUUGGUCCCACUGUCAGUAGUGGGAGCUUGUUUGAUUGUAAUCCUCAUUGCUUCGAUAAUCAGUGUCCUAAUCGUAAUCAUCGUUCACCAAAGACGAAAAGCCAGGCUGGAGAUGAUGAGGUGGAGAAAAGAGAGAAGAAACAUUAUGCCAGAUCAUUUUGUGAUAGUAUCCGAGCAGCCAGCAAGUCCGGGAGGGGAGCUUCCAUUGCACACUCCACAGCCAUACGAGGAUCCACAAUCUGCGGCAACUAGAAGAAGGCAACUCAACAGUCUGACCACUGGGCACACUCACUUUGAAAAUCUAACCUACGAAAGCGAAGAUGAACCUCUUUCUGCUUCAAGUGUUCCAAGACAAACUACUUCAUUCAUGCUAAACUCCGAGGAAUAUAGCGAUGAACGUCUCUACAGUGAGAUCGACGCACCAUGUGUGGACGAAAAUGAGGAGAUUUACGAGAGCAUUGACGACAAUUACAUUCAGAGUCCACCCGCUCAUAUCAAAGCUAUGUAUUCUGUAAUCAACAAAAACAGUCUGCAAAAGCCAUCCAUUGCUCAAGCAAGAGAGAGCAGGCUUUACGAGCACUACUAUAGGACACUAGAAAAGAUCUCUACUUGUGAAAGAAGUCGAUCUUCUAUUGUAACAGAAGACAAGUUCACAAAUCCAGCGUCAAGUGAAAAUGACCUACUAGCACAGUUUGAGAAAGCUAGCUUUAUCAAAAUCCCUUGGAAAGAGAUCAAGAUAAUGGCACAUCUUGGAGCGGGUCAGUUCGGUGAAGUGAGUAGGGGUGUGUGGAAGAACGGUAAAAACAGCACGGACGUUGCAGUCAAGAGCUUCGUGGCUUCCAAGACAGAGGACAAGACAAUAAGCAGAGUCAAGCUACUACAGGAGGCUAUCAUCAUGGGCCAGUUUACCAACCCAAACGUCAUUCACUUCUACGGAAUGGUUAUUGCAAAAGAUAGGAUAAUGCUAGUAAUGGAAAUGGCAGCAAAAGGAGAUCUAGAGCACCUUCUACUUUCAAUGGUCCCGGAUCCAGGAGAGAUGGUCACUCCCAAUAUCAGUAAGGUGAUGCUGGGGUUCUGUCAACAAGUGGCCUUUGGAAUGCACUACCUAUCAAGCAAAGGGUUUGUACACAGAGACCUCGCUGCUAGGAAUAUACUGGUCACACAAGACAAUGUCCUUAAGAUUGCAGAUUUCGGAAUGUCACGAGAUCUAGCUGAUGAGGAUUAUUACAUGUCUCAAGGAGGGAAAAUCCCUGUAAAGUGGACAGCCCCUGAGGCCAUUCACUACAAGAAGUACUCGACUGCCAGUGAUGUGUGGGCCUACGGGUGUCUGCUCUAUGAGAUAUGGAGUCUGGGACAAACACCUUUCAGAGACUACUCCAAUACAGAGGCACUGUCCAAGUUACAGACAGGCUACCGACUCUCCCCUCCUCCAGGAUGCCCCAGGCUACUUUAUGACAUCAUGAUUCAAUGCUGGAACCCUGAACCUUCACGAAGAACGCAAUUUAAGGCUCUCAUUUUCGAGCUACUUGAACCUGAAACUAAAGUUCUUAAUUUCCCAGAAGAGGAUGCAUCCAGUCACCAACUUGCUGAGAUUAUUGGCGGACCAUUAGAGGCGGGUGAAAAAAUGUACUUGGAUCUUCAAACAAUGUACCUCCAUUAACUUUUAAACUGACCCGAGUAGCAAAUUGAAGCACACGAUUUAUUUAUUGAGUUAAUUCCCACACAAAAAUUUGUAUCUGAACCUUCAAGAAAAUGGUUAAUUGUUGGGCACAAUGAAUAUUAAAAAUGAAAAAAUAAUUCUCAAAAAGAUUGCUACUGUGAUUACCAUUAUAUUAAGU